AUGGACGAGACGGGCCAAGAGGAUGAGAAGGUCUUUGGGCGGUCCAACUCGGUGACCAAGGUCGCGUCGCUCCUCGCUGGCGGCGCGUCCGUGCCCAAGUCCAACAAGGAGGCGCGCGCGCUCGAGGCGCUGGCGAUGAAGGACGAGCAGCUGCGAAUCCUAAGCGAGCAAAACAACCAGCUCCUCAACACACUCAACAACAUGGACGACGAGCUACAGUCGCUGAAGAUGGCCAAGCUCCAGCUCGAGGACGACAACCGGAGUCUUCGUGACAGCAACUUCGAGCUUCAGAGCCGUGCGCGGCCGCGGACGCGCACCUAA